AUGGCAGUGUUCGACGAUGUUAUUUUGCAGUCAACACUGGAGAUUGACAAACGACAAUAUUUAGUAACUUUGACUUCAAAUCGUAUAUUAUUAGAAGCUGGCAAGAAGAAGAAAGAAAAUGACGAUGCCAAUGUGGAAGUUUCCUACCGUUCCGUGGGGGAGUCUAUCGAUCUGAGAGAGAUCAUUGCUGCCAGACUUGAGAAGCCUCCCGCUGCCAAGGACAAAGUGAAGACGACUGAGGGAAACAAGGUGUACCUGUGUAUUGAGAUGCGGCCGCUCAAGCCAAACUCCUUCUCCAUUUACUACAUCAAGCGCAUGCCCAAACAUAGGUGGCGCCACAAGCAGCUCACUUUGAUGUCUCCAGAGUUUGAAACCUGUCAGAUAUGGGUGGAUAGAAUACAAGAUCGGUUAGAUAUGCCAGAGUUUCAAAGGCCGAAGAGUCUGCUGGUGUUUAUCAACCCGUUUGGUGGAAAGAAGAGAGCUCCAAAGAUAUACAAAGAGAAAGUGUCUCCUCUCUUUAAACUGGCUGGUAUCCGCACAGAUAAUGUGGUUACUACAAAUGCCUCACAUGCCUAUGAUGUGCUUCAAGACUAUGACCUUUCCAGAAUUGAUGGGGUGGUUGCUGUGGGAGGAGAUGGCACAUUUUCUGAACUAAUGAACGGGUUACUGGCUCGUAGUAACGGAGAGAGAGGCAUAAACAGGGAGAGUCACCAUGAGCCAGUAAAACCGCAACUCAGAAUUGGCAUCAUUCCAGCAGGGUCUACUGAUGCUGUGGUGUACACUACUACUGGUAUUAACGACCCAGUUACAUCAGCACUGCAUAUCAUUGUGGGAGACAGAGUGGGCAUCGACGUGUGCGCACUCUAUAAUAACGACAGGUUUCUCAAGUACAGUGUCACCAUGAUGGCAUAUGGUUUCUAUGGCGAUGUACUGGAAGACAGCGAAGCCUUCAGGUGGAUGGGACCAAAGCGUUACAAUUGGAGUGGUUUUAAGAAAGUCCUCACAAAAAAGUCGUAUGAUGGCGAAGUCUCGUAUUUGUUGUCUGACGAGUCAGCUGGUCAUCCGCAGGUCAGAGCACACUGCUGGUCAGGGUGA